AUUUUAAUUACUUAAAAAUAAAGCCAAAAUGACAAGCAGAAAGUUUAGAAAACUGAAGCCAACCAAACUGAAGUUGGAACUCAACUGAUCGAUCGAUUAACAAACUCCAAGUGCAAUACAAAACAAAUCAAAACUAACUGUAGUCUCUCUCCCAGCUUUAAGCAUUAUCUCUCUGUGCAGUGGUUAACUGUUUAUAAGAACAGCUGUCUGUGAAUUUUCUACGUCAAAGUUGCUUCUCGCAUUUUGCAUUUGGUGGCUUCUCUUCUGUGUUUUUUUUUUUUUUUGGUGGGCGCGCACUCGCUUGCCAAAGAAAAAGGAAAAUUUUAAGAAGAAAGUUUCGAAACAUUCUUUCCGGCAACUGGGAACUCAAACAUGAGAAUUAAAAUGCCCGCAGUUCGAAUUGCACAAGAUUCCGACUCGACAGAGAACGAUGCGGUCGCCGCUCAGGACAUUCUCACCUGCGGCGCCUGCCAAAAGGCGUUCGCACUCUCGGACAUUGUCCGCUUCAUCCAGCACAAGGUGGUGCAGUGCAACAAGGAGAACUACGGCCAGUGCACCACCCAGGCGCCCAGCAUGGAUCGCGACGCCGAUGAGGGCAGACCCCUGAGUCUGGUGAAUCGCCGGCCAUCGAUAUCGGCGCCCAUCACAUGCCGCAAAUCGGCGCCCGCCGCCGCCGGUCCAGCGGCCCGCCCCACCACACAAACACAAGCCGCCGCCGCAGUUGCCAACAGCGCCGCCAGCGGCUCUCGCAUCCACACACCGCCACCCAGUCCCGCCGACCUGCUGGCCGACGGCGCCAGCAGCACGCCCAAGCGCCUGGUAGACGAAAACGACAAUACAACACCCAAGGCCGAUAGCGAGGUGCUGACCAGCGACUCGACGACUCCGCUGGAGCGUCACAGUCCGCGCAUUGAGUGCGAACUGGAUGAUGAUAAGCCCAAAGUGAAGCAGGAGCCGUACACAGAUGAUGAGCCCAUGCCACAAAGGCAGCAGCAUCAGCAGCAGCAGCAGCAGCGCGAAGAAGAAGAAGAGCAAAUGCCGCUGGCUAGAGUGGGAGACGGCAGCGGCGUCGGCGUCGAUGAGCCGCUGGCCAAGCGACCCAAAAUGGAGCUGGUCGAUGCUGAGGCCAACACGGUGCAUACAGAACCCAGCAACUACACCUGUUCCACCUGCAAGACGCGCUACAGUUCGGCAUGGCGCCUCAUUCAGCAUGUGCAGCACUCACAUGGCGUCAAGAUCUACGUGGAGUCCAGCGGACUGACUGUGGCCACGCCAGCAGCCAUAAAUGCGGCAGCAGUUGCUGCCAGCAGCAGCAGCCACAACAACAGCAGCAGCAACAACAGCAACAGCAACAGUAGCAAUUUGAGCAGUCCGCAGCGCAGUCUAAGCCCACAAGUGGGCGUGCCGCUGCCGCUGCAAGCGCUGAUGGCGCAAGCUAAACGCAGCAGCAGCAACCAAACGACAACAGCAGCAACAGUUAAUACAAGCAACUGCAGCAGCAACAGCAACAACAACAACAGCAGCAGCAAUGCAAGCUCGCCCAGCCAGCAGCAGCAGCAGCAGCAGCAACGUGCACAGCAGCAACAGCAACAAUUGCAGCCACAGCAGCAGCAGCAGCAGCUGCGUCAUCAUGCGCUGCUGGCGCCACCAGAAGCGCUGCAUGCAAAUCCGUUUCAGCUGCUGCGCAUGCCGCUGCCGCCGGCGCUGGCGCCAGGCAAUGUAGUUCCUAAUGUCUCGCCGCUGUUUGCGCGUCACACGCCCGCCGAUCAUUUUCGCAUGGAGCAGCUGGUGAGCGAGCAGUUUCGUCAGCAUGGCUUCAAUUUGGCAGCAGCAGCAGCAGCCGCCGCUCAAGCGCAGUUCAGUCAGCAGCAGCAGCAGCAACACUCGCCCACAGUGGGCGUGGCAGUAAAUGUUCCUAGUGUAGCCGAAGCGCGUUCGCCCAACAGCAGCAGCAGCAGCAGCAGCCAGCGUUUGACACCAGCAGCAGCAGCAGCAGCAACACAACAGCAGCCACAACAGCAGCCAACGCCAGCAGCAGCAGCGCUGAGUCCUGCAGCUGCGCUAGAGCCACAGCAGAUGGAUUUUUACUCGCAGCGAUUGCGUCAGCUUGCGGGCACAACAAGCCCUGGAGCUGGCAACAUUGUUAACUCGAGCUCGCCGAGUCCACGACAAAAGCAAUCGCCGCGCUUUGCGAGCCCCACGCACAGCAGCAGCAGCCAACACAGUCAGCAGCCAGCACAGCAGCAGCAGCAGCAGCAGCCAAUUGCAGCUGCAGCGUUGACGCGCCCACACUCGUUGACGCCGCCGGAGCGUGAAAAUGGGCAGCAGUUGACGCCACGCGCGGCCAGCACGCCGCCAAGCAAAGCGCCAGCAACAGCAGCAGCAGCAGCAGCAGCAACAGUUUGCACGCUGCAGGAGGAGGCAGCGCAGCUGAGCUGCAGCUACUGCGACAAAAAGUUUCGCUAUGAGCACAAUCUGAUUAUUCAUCAGCGCACGCACACGGGCGAGAAGCCGUACAAAUGCACGGCGUGCGACUUUGAGUGCUCGCACAUACAGAAGCUCAUGAAGCACAUGCGCGUGCAUCGCAGUCCGGCGCAGGAGCAGGAUCUGGGCAGCAAUGCGGACUCGCUGGAGACGAACGAGGACAAUGGCGAUGACAGCGAAGUGGAGGAGGAUGAGGAGCUGGAGGCCGAGGGCGAGGGCGAGGAGGAUGAGGAGGACGAGGACGACUGCGAGGAUGUGGACUACGAGGCGGAAGAUUUGAGCGUCAACAAUCGCAUCGAUGGCAAAAGCCAAAGCCCCAAGACGCAGGGCAGCAGCUCGGGCGCCACCUCGCUGGUGGGUGAGCUGAUGGACAAGUUUGGCCUGUCCAACAUUGCGCAGUACAGUGAAGCCUACAAGCAGGCGCUGCAGGAGUCCGGACGCAAGGAGGCGGCAGCUGUUGCUGCUGCUGCCGCCGCCGCUGCGCAUGUUGACAACAACAAUCGCGCUGCCAAUGGGCUGCCAGUGGCAGCGCUGCGACUGCGCGAUGAGUUUGCUAAAAAUUGCAACAUGUUUCAAGCGCAGGCAGCGGCGCAUGCAGCGCAGCAGCAGCAGCAGCAGCAGCAGGAGGUGCCUGGCGCAGGCGCUGCCGGCCAAGUGCCGCUCUUCAAUCCAUUUCCCAAUCCCUUUGAGCUGAGCAAGCGCAUCAAAAUGGACGGCGGCGACUGGUGGAGCAUGUCCAGCGCUCUGCAUCGCAACGAGGCGCUGUUUGAGAAUCUCAAGCUGAAGCCGCUGGGCCUGGGCGGCGCCAACUCGCUGCUGCAGGGACCGCUGCUCAAGAAGGAGUCGCGCCAGCGCAACGACACCUGCGAGUUCUGCGGCAAGGUGUUCAAGAACUGCUCCAAUUUAACGGUGCAUCGACGCAGCCACACCGGGGAGAAGCCCUACAAGUGCGAGCUCUGCAGCUACGCCUGCGCCCAGUCCAGCAAGCUGACGCGCCACAUGAAGACGCACGGACGCACCGGCAAGGACGUCUACCGCUGUCGCUUCUGCGACAUGCCGUUCAGCGUGCCCUCGACGCUGGAGAAGCACAUGCGCAAGUGCGUCGUCAAUCAGGGCAAGGCCGCAGCAGCGGCUGCCAAUGCAGCGAAUGCGGUGGCCGCAGCGCAGGCAGCAGCAGCAGCACAGCAGCAACUGCAACAAGCAGCAGCUCAACAGCAGCAGCAACAACAGACUUCGCCCAGCUGCGCUUUGGGCGUGGGCGUUGGUUAUCCGCCGCAGUUUGUGGGCGGCCACAAUUUGUCGCUGGCUGGCAGCGUUAGUGGCGAUAAUGAUUCCAAUGCUUCGUCCAGUUUGCCAGCGCAUUCGAUAACGCUCAAGGAGGAGGCAUGACUUUUUGGCAAUUGGACUAGCCCAGCCACGUUCUAUCGCCGCCGCCGCCGCCGCCGCCACCUCCGCUGCCGCCAACACAAGCAACGCAGCAGCAGCAGCAGUCGCAGUCGCCUCGCAGUCGCCUCAUGUCGCGCAUCUUUUAAAGAUUCCGCCCCCCCCCACCCACUGUAUAUACUUGUUUCACACUCCCCCCCCCCCUUCCCCUUACUGCUUCUUCAUUUCAUAUUGCAAACUUUUUAAAAGCUGCAGGCUUAACUCUUACCACACGACCAGAGGCAUUUAAUACCAAAGCAAUACCGUUAUAUUAAUUUAUACACUUCCAAUCAAAGUGUAAA